AUGUUUAUGGAUGAACUCACCUCUAUGGGACACAUGGAACCAGCUGAGACGACAACAGAUAAACUUUACUAUGUGCCACAUCAUGCGGUGGUAAAGACCACAAGUCAAACAACGAAACUUCGACUCGUUUUCAACGCAUCUAUGAAGUCAACCUCUGGGAAUUCUUUAAACGAUGCCCUCAUGUUAGGCCCACAGCUACAGCAAGAUCUAUUUUCUAUUUUGGUUCGCUUUCGCACUCACCGUUUCGGAAUCAUAGCCGAUAUCGAAAAGAUGUACCGCCAAGUUUAUGUCGCUAAAGAGGACACAGAUUAUCAACGCAUAGUGUGGCGUUCCAAUCCAGCAGAUCCGGUCCGUGAUUAUCGUCUCUUAAGGGUCACGUAUGGCGUCGCCUCAGCAGCACAUCUUGCUGUUAAGUCUCUACAUCGCGCAGCACUUAACGCGUCAAACGCAAGCAAGGAAGUCAUUGAAGUUAUAAGGUCAGACUUUUAUAUGGAUGACUUACUAUCUGGUGCUAAUAUAUUUGAUGAGCUCGCUUUACUUCAAAAAAACGUCUCCCACGCGCUCUCUGAAAGUGGGUUCGAACUACGAAAAUGGGGAACUAAUUCUGAAAUGCUUAGAGAUAUGACACCACACGUAUCUAAACAAGUAUCGCAUCUCUUAGCCGAUGGAGACCAAAUCCGCACUCUUGGUACCAUAUGGCACACAAACMACGAUUGGCUUUCUAUAGCAGUGAGCUUUAACGACCUGCCUUCUAAACUUACAAAAAGAACGUUUCUCUCCGACUCAAGUAAGGUAUUCGAUCCAUUGGGUUUGAUCGCGCCCUGUACAAUCCGSUCUAAGAUUUGGUUACAGAAACUUUGGCGCUCAAAUGUGAAUUGGGAUGAACCAGUUCCUUCAGAAAUUGCGUGGGACUGGUUGGCACAUCGUCGUGAAUUACCGCAACUAUUAGCGCUAAAACUAAGCCGCUGGUUAGGAACUAGCAAAACUUCUGACUCUCAGUAUCACAUUUUUACCGACGCAUCAGAAGUCGCAUACGCAGCUGCACUUUACUGUUGCACACAAUUUCCGGACGGUACGAUCAAAGUCGUACUAGUAGCAGCGAAAACAAGAGUAGCGCCUCUGAAAGCUAUUUCUUUACCACGACUGGAGCUUUGUGCAGCUCAUUUGGGGGCAAAGUUAGUGAAGCAGGUUCAAUCAAAUCUGAACCACACCUUCUCAAAAUUAUACGCAUGGACGGACUCAAUGAUUACCUUAGCGUGGUUACAAGGCAAUCCUAGCCGUUGGUCAGUAUUUGUGGCCAAUCGCGUCGCUGCAGUACAAGAUAUUCUACCAGCAACGCACUGGAGGCACGUUGCUUCAGAGCACAAUCCCGCAGAUUGCGCUUCAAGGGGCAUAUUACCAUCGCAGCUUCUCACACAUCAACUUUGGUGGCAUGGUCCGCAUUGGCUACAUGAGAACAACAGUAUCUGGCCGAUUUCUGCAGAAUCACACACUACAGAUCUCGAGCAAAAAUCUAGCAAGGCUGUAACACUGCUAACACAAACUAGUGAGGAUUGGGAUUUUUUGACGAAGUAUCAUUCAUUCUGCAAACUUAAACGCAUCACCGCUUAUUUAUUACGCUUCAUCAAUAACACAAGGGCUGGCGCCGUUGUACGAUAA